CACGGAGCCGGUUUCAUCUCGAUCUUUUAACAGCGCUUCCCAUCUGUCCAGUCAAUCUCUUAUCUAAUCUUCAUAAAUUCCACCAUUGCACCUUCCAUCCAAAUCCAACAAAAAAAAAAAUCAGGAAAAAGAACAAUUGGUAGCUAGCUAUGGUCGCAAAAACGAACCUUUCCCACCACCUCCUCCUCCUCCUCGUCUCCACCCUCCUCCACCUCUUCACUACCACAUUUGCCAUCGGUGUUAACUACGGGACCCUAGGCAACAACCUUCCCCCACCCUCCCAGGUUGCCAACUUUAUCAAAACUCAAACGAUCAUUGACAGCAUCAAAAUCUUUGACACAAACCAUGACAUUCUCAAUGCCUUUGCCAAUACUGGCAUUACUGUGACGGUCACGGUUGGCAAUGGUGAUAUUCCUUCCCUUGCCAAUUUAAACAGCGCCCGGGGAUGGGUUGCUGCCAAUAUUGCACCGUUCCAUCCACAGACAAGGAUUAAUAGGAUUGUUGUUGGUAAUGAAAUUAUGGCCACUGCUAAUAAGCCUUGGAUUUCUAAUCUCGUGCCUGCCAUGCGGACCAUUCACAAGGCUCUUCUUCUUGCUGGAAUCAGAAAUGUUCAGGUCACAACACCUCAUUCUCUUGGCAUACUCUCAAUCUCCGAGCCACCAAGUGCGGGCCAGUUCAGGCGUGGCUUCGACCGAGCCAUAUUUGCACCCAUGCUCCAAUUUUUAAGGGAAACCAAAUCACCCUUCAUGGUUAACCCGUACCCUUAUUUUGGCUACUCUCCAAAAAUGGCAAACUAUGCUCUUUUCAAGCGCAACAGAGGUGUGCAUGAUAGAUACACUGGCAUUACAUACACUAACAUGUAUGAUGCAAUGUUGGAUGCUACUUAUUCAGCAAUGAGAAAAUUGGGCUAUGGUGAUGUGGGCAUUGUAGUGGGCGAGACAGGUUGGCCCUCGGUUUGUGACCCUGGUCAACCAGCUUGUAGCAUGGAGAAUGCUGCUUGGUUCAAUGGGAAUUUGGUUAGACGUGCUAGACAAGGGAAAGGCACACCUUUGAUGCCAAACCGGCGGUUUGAGACUUAUAUUUUCUCGUUGUUCAAUGAGAAUCUCAAACCCGGCCCGACCGCUGAAAGAAACUGGGGGCUGUUUAGGCCUGAUUUUAGCCCAAUUUACGAUGCUGGCAUUUUGCGCAAUGGGCAGAGAGGCAGUGGUCGCGGUGGUGGAAGGCAGAGGCCCCGACCAACCCCAGGGAAGCAGUGGUGUGUGCCAAAACCUGGCGUUAGUGAUCAAGCUUUGCAAGCAAACAUAGACUAUGCAUGCAGCCAGGGUGUGGAUUGCAAGCCUAUUCAACCUGGUGGUGCCUGCUUUGAUCCUAACAAUGUGAGAUCUCAUGCUUCGUAUGUGAUGAACUUUUUUUACCAAACCCACGGUCGCCAAGCUUUCAAUUGUGAUUUCUCCAACACCGGUGUCCUAACUGCUGUCAACCCAGGUCACGGCACAUGCAGAUUCAUCUGAGAUCGAAUGUCGAAUGUCGAAUGUCGAAUGGCUCAGUAUCUAACUAAUUAAUUAAAAUUAGUGCUUCAAUUAAGAAGUAAUUUAUGUACCUGUUUGUUGUAAGAACAUAGAUUUGAAAUCUAAUCGUACGACAUUUCAGCUUAAA